UUUUUCUCUGCAAUUUCCGCUUUUGCUCAAGUGCUUUUCUGGUUUUGUUCAAUUUUGGGAAAUGGCACAGAGCUAGGGUUUGUGAAAUUUUCUGAAAUUUUGAAAGUGCUAAAUUUCAGAACUUUCCCACCCAGACGAUGUUACUGAAACCCUAAAAGCUCUGUUUCUGUGAACUCACACAGAAAUCUUGUAGUUUUUCAGUAAAGCUUUGAGCUUUCUGAGUUGGUAAAUUCUGAUCAUUAUUUUCUUGGGGACUAUUUCCUCCAAGUGGGUUUUGGGAAUUUUUUUGAAGGGUAUUUUUUUUGAAAAGAUGGCUUUUGUUUGUUGCAUUUUGUUUAUGAUUUGACAUAUUGUAUGCAUUAGGGAAGCUUGAUUAAGGUAAAGUUUUGUUAAAUUUCCUGUAAGAGUGUGCAAUGGCAUGCCAUAUCUGGCUUUCGUAGUUGCUUAGAUCUGUUGGAAAUUGUUGGGGAAAUGUUGUGUUAAGGAGUUCUCUUGGUGUAGUUCCAAGUGUUUGAUGAAAACGCAUGCCUAGCCCUUUUUUAUGAAGCAAAGCCCUUUCGUCCUUUGACGGGGAAGUCUGUGGUUUAAGUCGAAAAGGAGAGAUGAUUGAGGUAUUUAACAUCCGUAGUCAUGACCGCUUUCUGGGAAGGAAAAAUGGCUAGGGGUUGUCGAAUGUAAUACUUUUUCUCGUAUUAUGCUUACUGCUCCAGUUAAGUAAAGACUCAGAGGAAGUGUAUUGAGACUGUUAGGGAAACUAUGGAGUGCAAUAAAGAUGAUGCGGUCAAGGCUAAGGAACUUGCUGAGAGGAAGUUUGCAGAAAGAAAUUAUGCUAGUGCUAAGAAGUUUGUUUUGAAAGCUCUAAAUUUGUGUCCCGAGCUUGAGGGUCUCUCCCAAAUGUUGACUAUACUUGAUGUUUACAUCUCUUCGGAGAAUAAAAUUAAUGGGGAAGCAGAUUGGUAUGGAGUACUUAGUGUUACUCCGUAUGCUGAUGAUGAGACAAUUAAGAAAGAGUAUAGAAAGUUGGCUUUCAUGCUUCAUCCUGAUAAAAACAAGUGUUUUGGUGCAGAAGGCGCAUUUAAGUUGGUUUCAGAGGCCUGGACUUUGUUAUCAGACAAGGCCAAGAGGGUAGCAUAUAACCACAUGAGGAAUGUACAAGGGUUUCAACGGGAAGCAGUGUCCCGUACUGGGGGUCCGUCAGUGCAACCUAGUGCAAGCACCUUUCAAAAUUGUAUGAAUAGUGUCAGGAAGACUGUAAAAGCGUCUCAACAGGAAGCUGCACACCGUAGUGGAGGUCCGUCAACGCAACCUAGUGCAAGUACCUUUCAGAAUGUUAUGAAUGCGAGGACCCAGCGCGGUUCCACCCAUAUACCUUCAUAUGCAAAAGCUGCUACAUUUUGGACCAUUUGCAACCAUUGCAAAACUCAUUAUCAGUAUGUCAGAAUGUAUCUACAUCAUCUUCUUGUCUGUCCUAAUUGUAAGAAGACUUUCUUGGCUGUAGAACAGGCUCCACCUGCAGAGAUUUUCAAGUCGUCCAAGAGCUCUUCUUCCCAGCAGCAUCAGAAUUCAAGACACUAUGCUGCUGGUGGUAACUCAAAUAGUUCUGGAAGAAACUGUGCUGCAGCUCAAAAUGUAGGAGCUGGGGGGUCUUCAGGUUCUAAUUCAAACAACAACACAAACUUGAAGCAGGGCUCUGCCACCAAAGUGACAAGUAUCGGUAGCACAGUUGCAUCGGGUCACGCUGCUGUGGAUGCGGUUCAGCAGGCAAGUGAGAAUAUGAAUAGAAAUUCAGAGCGGAGACAGUCAAUUGCUGAAUGGGAAAGGAGUCAAAAUUUGAAGGGAAAUCCUACAUUGAAAAAGAGAAGAACGGAUGAUCCUCAUUUGAACGGUUAUGAUAAAAAAAGGCCUAAUCAAAUGGCCAUGGGAAGUGGUGGAGCCGACUUGGGAGGUAUAUCUGAGUUGAGUAAAGGUAAUUCUGGAACGAAAAGAAUUUAUGAUUUCUCUAGUGCACAGGACAAACCUAAGGUCCUCAGAGAGGUUCCGUAUCCGGUAAUAAGAAAAGUUCUAAUUGAGACGGCACUAACUUCAAUUCGCAAUUUUCUUGCGCGGAGCUCAGCAACUGAAGCAAAGCAGGCAAAGAAAGAGCAAGAAACUGUGAAAGUAAAAAAGAAACAGAAGAGUGUGGUAAAUGUUGACACAAGCACAAACAGUGCUCCAGAUGUAGAGGAUAAGUCACCAAUGCCGAUCAACGUUCCAGACCCCGAUUUUCAUAAUUUUGACUUGGAUCGAACUGAAAGAUCCUUUGGAGAGGACCAAGUUUGGGCUGCAUAUGAUAAUGAUGGUAUGCCUCGUUAUUAUGGUCGAAUUCAAAAGGUGAUCUCCUUGAAGCCGUUUAAGAUGCGGGUCAGUUGGCUUAACUCGAGAAGCAACAAUGAAUUGGGUACGCUGAACUGGGUAGGUUCUGGUUUUGCUAAAACUUGUGGUGAUUUCAGGCCUGGCAAAUAUGCAAUAUCUGAUACUUUAAAUUCUUUCUCAAGCAAGGUUAAUUGGACAAAAGGCACACGAGGGAUGAUUCGCAUAUUUCCUACAAGGGGUGAAAUCUGGGCUCUAUAUAGGAACUGGUCCCCUGAAUGGAAUCAGCAUACCCCAGAUGCAGUAAUCAACAAAUAUGACAUGGUGGAACUGCUUGACGAGUUUACUGAGGAACAUGGUGUGUCUGUCGCUCCUCUAUCUAAGGUCGCUGGUUUUAAAACAGUGUUUCGUAAGCACACAGACCCCAAGGAAGUGCAACGGAUUCCUAAAGAGGAGAUGUUCCGUUUCUCGCAUCGGGUCCCUAGUCACUUACUUACAGGUGAAGAAGCUCAUAAUGCUCCAAAGGGUUGUUGGGAAUUGGAUCCAGCAGCUCUCCCUUCGGAGCUUUAUCAAGUUAUGACAGAAGCUCGUGAUGCACCAGUGAAACAGAACGAUGGUAAAACAAAUGAAGAGAUUCCGAAACCUCUACCAAUGAUGACCGACGACAAUGGUACAUGCCAAGUCGGCCAAGGAAACUGAAGCUAUAAGCGCGCCCCACCCGCAGAUUCUGGACAUUGCUAAAGAUAAUACCGGUCUAGAUAGGUUUGCCCCUUUUGUUUUUGCUAACCCUUUUUGUUUUUGGUAAGGCCUGUUGCAAGUGUACAUGUUACUGCAUUAUUUGCAGCAAUUGGUUAGCAGGUGGUGGUGGUGGUGGUGGUGGUACCAUCUUUCUUUUUGCAUUUUGUGGAACAUGAAAGGUCAGAUGGUGAUUAGGUUUUAGUAAAGUUGGAAACUUUUGUAUACUCUCAUGCCUGAUCUCUCUGAAAGAUAAGGUUCUUUGGCAUCAUGGGUUUUAACUUUUACUUACAUCCUUCAGUGUACAAGUUACUGCAGUAAUAUUUACUUUUCCAUCUGUGAACUAUGAUUUGGCU